UCCAUUUCUAGAGAUCGAACCUUAUUUAGUUCGAAGGGAUUCGCCAUCUGUUUUCAAAUUUCAUUCCUCGGCGAACUUUAUUUUCUCUGACUUUGGACAAAAUUAUAACCCGAUCGAUCUGCAAUCUGCCCACCGUCUACAUAUAUUUUCCGCGGCGGAUUCCCUUUUUUUUGCUGUCAGUCGCCGGUCAAUUUGUUUCUGCCUCUGGCACGAGCUCAGCGCACUUGCUUGCUUCGUACAAGAGACUGAAAGUUGGGCGCCAGCAGUUUGAUGCAGAGGGGGUCGUACCCCACAGCGAGUGCUACUCCACUUUCUCCUUCCUCCAACUCCCCCUUUCACACUUUUUUCCUCUCCUCGGCUCUCACUGACAUGUUUCCUAUUCUCCUCCUCCGCUCCGGUUGCUCUGUGCGCUCUUGCGCGUGACUCGCCACGUGCGCGCUCAGUGCGUCCCGAGAUUAACACACCGCGGUCAGACUUCGCCAAGCUGUGCGUUGGUUUUGGGGGGCUGAAGACCUCGGGACCCCGGAAAUCCGAGUGCAAAAAGACAGAGCCAAUGUGAGGACGCAGCGUCAGCCUACGCUUCGUGUGCGCGCGACGGAACUUCCUUUGCAAUUCCACCGAGUCGACUGACGCGCAGCGAGUCUCAGGCCGGUUCAGGACGCGCUCGCGCUCCGGGCUUCGGCCCGCUGUUUCCUUCACGGGGAGUUACGGUGCAGUGGAAGCAUGGACUGUAACUGUGUUAGUGACCUGCUCCUCACUCCACCUGUCCCAGCCCUCUGGACACCAGGCUUUGCCUUUCCAGACUGGGCCUAUAAGCCAGAGUCUAGCCCUGGCUCCAGGCAGAUCCAGCUGUGGCAUUUCAUCCUGGAGCUGCUCCAGAAGGAGGAAUACCAGGGGGUGAUUGCCUGGCAGGGAGACUAUGGCGAAUUUGUGAUCAAAGACCCGGAUGAAGUGGCGAGACUUUGGGGGAUUCGCAAGUGCAAGCCUCACAUGAACUACGACAAGCUUAGCCGUGCACUAAGGUACUACUACAACAAGCGCAUUUUGCACAAAACUAAAGGAAAGCGGUUCACCUACAAAUUUAACUUCAGUAAGGUGGUUCUAGUGAACUACCCGCUGUUAGACAUGGCCAGCUCUCCUUUCCUGCUAGCCCAGAACCACUUCAACGGAGGGGCAGCUACAGCAGACUGCACUCCCGUGACCCCGGAGGCCUUGCAGUCUUUAUUCCCUCGGUUGCCUGAUUCUGGCCGUGGAACUGCUCUGUUUGACCGUGCCACAGGAGCCCCAGAGGGCGAUAAGCUCAGAUUGGACACUUUUCCAUUCCUUGGUUCAGGAGCCCCUUGCUACUCCAAACCUCCAUCCAUGUUGGGUCCUUACCCCCGUAACCCUGCGUUUGACUACUCUUGGGGCUUCAACCCAUAUCUCCCUGGGGCUUUAUCCCUCAACAACUGCCCUAAACUGCCCCCAGGCUCGAUCUACCCCUCACACUUCUAUCCAAAUCCACUUCAGUCUGGCCUGGCACAGCUCCCUCAUCCGUUUUCCUCACUCCUGCCUCCUGGAGACACAGCAGGAACAGAACGGGCUCAAACCGGAGGAGCCAACGGCUCAGUGGGUGGACAGGCACCACGACUCUGCAUCCCGUCAUACCCAGGUAGUUUACUUCAAGGCCGGACUGAGCUGGGUAUUUUGGGUCCUGGCAUGGGUGAGAGGGAGAGAGGAGAGAACACUAACAUUACAGGGGUAGCUGGAGGUGGGAUUGGGGUGGGAUUAGGCUUAGGCUUGGGACAACUGGGGUUAGGGAGUGGAGGAGGAGUCCAGAGUCCAUCAGAUCGGCGCGCAGGAAUGAAACAAGACCCAGGGUCGGAUUCGGAGUUGGAAAUCACAGACCUGAGUGACUGCAGCUCGGAGAACGAAAACGAGCCAGACUUCCAUGCCAGCCAAGGGAAGGAGAAUAGGAUGGGAGGCCGACCUCACAUUCCCGAAGCCAAGACCGCAGGUCUGGGCGGAACCUUACCUCAGCUCUCUUCUCUUCCUCCUUCUAUAUCCCCCCAUCCUCUCAAAAGCCUGGUACCCCUGUCUCCUCCACCACCAUCUCUUCCUACAUCUCUUUCUCCUUCCCUUAUCCUGGUUGAGCAGCACAGAGAAACAGAGACACUCAAACUUACUCAUAGUUAAGAUGCUUUGUUCAGAUGCUGGUUAUAUUGAGCACUCUCUGCCUCUAUCUCUUCGUCAAUAUACAGUACAUUCUCACCAUUUAAAUUUAUGCUUUAUUUUUAUUUCAUUUUAUUCUGAAUGAUUAUAACUCAUUUGUAGUUUUUGUUAUUUUCUGGUGCACUUCUUUUUUGUUUGGACAAUACAUUUUAAAUUAGAAAAGCCAUUUAAGUUGAACAGAAACCUUUAAUAAAUAUCCAUUCCUUAUUUAUAACACUACAGUCAUCUAAAUAUUUCAGUUUAUAAGUAUUCAAAUAUAUUUCUCUACUUGAAAUUGAAAAAAAAUUGAAACCUGUCAUGCACACCCAGAAUCAGAAGUACAGUUCAUGUGCUAAAUUGCUAAGAGCUGUCAAAUAAUUGCAUUCGUUUUGCCCUGGUUUCAAAUCACGGAUAUAAAUUACCUUUGAGAGAUCAUGCCAAAAAAUUGUCUCUCAAACGUCAUUCUCUCAAAACAAAGAGAUUUUUUGUAAAUUCAUUGUAAAUGUGAAUAUUGGCUCAUGAACUUAUAAGAUAAUAACUUUUAUAAAUGUUCAAUUUUCCAUUUAUUUCUAACACCAUUUCUAAAACCAUUGUGGUUGAAUAUGAAAUAUGAUCAUUAUUGUUUUGUUAAUUCUGUAGUUAUUCUCCUCCUUUAAUUUCACAUACACGUGUUCAUACUGGGUAAUUCGACUGCUGAAAUUAGUGGUCUGAUCUAGUAGGUGUAUUGCAUAAAUUCUACAGAAAUUUUACUAUAAUUGUUAAGCAUUAGCUCUGCAGCACAAUAUUCAAGCAGCAUAAUGCAAAGCUAACUGCGACAGUGGAAAUUGUUUAAAACUAUUUGAAUAGCAAUUCAGCUGUGUUGCAAUAAAGCACUUAAUUGCAUUUGUUUGUGCUGUGCUUGACAGCUUGCAAUGGAAACACUAUCAAACACAGACAUCUAGUGGUGAGAUGUGAUUUCUACAGAUAAGGUGAUUGUAUAUGAAUGUAAUUUUGCUAAUUUGUCUUUUCAAGGAAUGAUAUCUGCCCCCAAACAUCCCCAAAUAUCUGUGUGAUUUUACCUAUUUGUUCCCUUGUACAUUUGUCAUGUUCAUGCUGUGCUAAAAUGUCUUAUUUUAAAUAGCUAUAAUAUGUUCUUUGCGCUAUAAAAAAUUGAGAGAUUGAGUAAGAAAGUGCUUAAAUUUGCAUCUAUAUAUUUUAUUAUUGUAUAUAAAACAUUUAAUUUGUAUUAUUAUUAUUAAUAUAUGAGAUUGAUGUACUGGUGGGAUUUAAUUCUGUAUUUAAAUGAUAAUAGAUGCUGGGGACAACUGUAGUUGCAUAAGAACUAUUUAAAAAAAGCACUUGUUUCCUGUGGUUCAUAUAUGAGAACAGAGAUGAGAAAAUUAUAAAACAUAAAACAUCUCAACUCCCACUAGUUAUACUCUUCAGUCAUUUUUGCAAAUAUCUGAGAAUGACACUAUAGAGAACAGUUAGUAUUCCACCAGUACUUUUUAAUAGUUUAUAUUCACCAAGUGAUAGUUUGCAGUAAUGUUAGUAAUAUUGGGGUUUUGCACUUUUUUUGGGAGAAAUAUUUUGACUAAUGUUUAUUUGUAUCAAUAGUUGCAGAUGAAAACUUGAAAAUCAGUAAUUAAAUUAAGCCUUUUGAAUGUCAGCGCAUUGAAUGGCAGAAAAACGAUUAGUUUAAGCAGACCAUGCAAUAUAUAAAAAGAAUAGAUCAUGAAGUCACUGCAAACGUUUUCUCAGAAGACAAACUCUACAGUAUAUCCAUAGUUUACACGAAAUUAAAUUGCCUAGUUGCUUUACAAAUCUUACGUCAGUGUAUUAUAUGAAACUACCAGUGUACAUAGAGUUUCCUUUGUAUAUUUGUGUGUACACAUCGAAAACAAAAAAGAGACAUUUUCUUUGCAGUAAGGUUUAUUUGUUGUUUGUAUAUUGUAAAACUGAAAAAAAGAAAAGAAUGGGAAGAAACCAGAGGUAAAAAAAAAUAUCUUUAAAAGCAAUAAACAUUAUUCUGGA